AUGGCCGUCAUGGAGACAAACGCAUCGCCGUACCUGCUGCGGUUGGUGGCAACGGUUGAGAUUGACUCGACGAGUCCGCAGCUUGUGCUCGAGUACAUGGACGGCGGCAACCUCACCUCGUACCUCGAGAAGCUGGCCAACGACCAAGCCGUGAUGGCGAGCUACUCGUCGCUCGAGGUGGCGUGGGUGGUGGCCAACGCUUUGAACGACCUCCACGCCAAGAACGUCGUUCAUCGCGACAUCAAGACCGACAACAUCCUCCUCUCGUCCAAGCACUACAUAAAAGUGGCGGACGUUGGCAUCGCCAAGAAGAAGACGACAUGUAUGACAACGGGCAGAGGCACGGACAAGUGGAUGGCCCCCGAGGUGCUGAGGUCGGGCAGCAGCUACGGCACGGCCGCCGACAUGUUCUCGUUUGGCGUCCUGCUCGAAAAACUCUUUCCAGGCAUGGCGAGCUACGCUGAGGCCGACGACGCGCCGUGGUAUGUGGCGCUGCAUGCGCAAUGCAAGGCGACCGAGCCAGGAAUGCGCCCGACGGCGGCCGACAUUGUCGAGCUCCUGCGUCCGGAACUGCAACGGUACGUUGUAAUGAUAGACAGUAUGUGA